AUGUCGAGACUUGUUGAAACACGCCGUGAAUUAAUUAUUCAUGAUCUGUCAUCAACAAACACUUCUGAUGACUCAUCAAGGAGUGAAGAACUAAGAGAAAUAACACAACUUAAGAAAUCUAUAGUAAAUUUUAAAAAAGAAAAAGAUACACUUAAUCGAAAGAUAGAAGCAUUAAAAGAUGAUAUAACAACUGCUGAAAAUGCAAAUAAUGUAGCAAAUGCAAAUUACAUUCGCGUAAUGAGAAAAUUAUGUGAAUUACUUGGAACACAGAUGAAUCAAGAUGAAGUAAUACAAAAAAUUGCAGAGCUUAAGCAACGUGUAGUAAAAUCAAGAGAAGAACGUGAUGCUCUUCAAGUUCAAGUUUCUGCUCAAAGACAAAUAAUGGAAGAUAACAUGAGAAAUUCUCAAUUCAUGACUCAAAGUAUUAAAACAGACAUAUUGAAUGCUUCUUCUAAAGUAACAAAGACAAUUUCAAAAGCAAAAAAGGCAAUUCAAGAUGCAACACAGAUUAAAGAUAUAAUUAAGGAGAAAGAAACACAAUAUAAUGAAUUGGUAGCUAAACUCAAUACAGCUACAAAUAGCAAAAAUAAUGAUCCUAAACAAAUAUUAAAUAUGCUGAAUAAAAAGGCAACAGAACUUCAUCCAUACUUCACAAGAACACUUAAGAAGCUAAAAAUCGAUUAUAAUUCAACUAACAAUCUUCUCGACUUACAAAACAAAAUAAUUAAUCAAUUUAAAGCCACAAAAGAUUCUUCUCAAAAGGUCACACCGGUCAACCAAUUUAACAAUGAAAUAUCAUUAUUAAAUGAGAAACUUUCUCAAAGAAAACAAGAGUAUAAUAAUUUACAGAAACAUUAUCAACAAAAGCUUAAUGAAAUAACAACAGAACAAGAUAAAAAGAAAGAAAUCUGUGUUUGCCCAUUUAGAGAUCAGUAUGAAAAAGAAAAGGCUCAAAGAAAUAAAAGAUUGAGAACAUCAUUGAAAGCAGCUUUAGAAUAUAGUAAUAAGAGUUGGAUAGUUCCAAAAUCGCAUAGUGAUAUUUGCCAAUUAAUAGUUUAUUUUGCAAAAACUCUUAAAGAUGAACUCCAUCAGAUUGAAUGUUCGGAAACUGAAGAUUUCAAUAUCUUCAAUUGCCUUGAGAAGAAAGUACAGUACGUUGGUAAACAAAAUGCAAAAGUAAUUAGCAUUUUGCAAUAA